AUGCGGGCGGCGGGGUCGGAGGGCGGGUGCCACAUCUCGCGCAAAGGCGCCGCGUGGAAGUCCGCGCACACCAGGCGCUUGGAAGAGGUUAAAACAAGCGCCCUUUGCCGAAGUGGGCACAUUGUCGCCGCCACGUUUUUCCAGAUUUCUGUGCAGAAGGACCGUGGCGCGGGCUUCGCCUCGUGUGCCGUCGCCUCGAAGCCUGCGGACUCGCCGCAAGAUUGUCUCUCGCCUUCGUCGCCGUCCAUGAGGCUCCGCGGCUCGCGGUGCCCCUUUGCGUGGAGGCCCUCAGGGGCUUCGCCUUCUCUCAGGGAGCCGUCUGGAGGAGGAAGUCUGCAGCAGAGGUUUGCGGCGUCUCCGUCGGCGUACCCUCCUGUGUCUCCCGAGUCUUCCUAUGAAGCUGCAGCUCUCGUUUCCGCGCGGUUGGAUCCCGUCUGCCUUCUCUCUCGUCUGUCUUCUGUUUGUCGUCAGUCUCUCUCUGCCUGUUCCUCCUCUGCUUCGUCGCCCUCUGCCGCUUUCCGUCGUCGCGGGCGGCCUCACUCCUCUGCGAAGGGGACGGCUGCUCUGCGCAGCUGUUCGACGCCCUGCGCCGCAGUCGAUCUCGCGGGCUCGUUUUCACCUCCGGGCUCGAUGAAGCUUUCAAACGUUUUUGAAGGGCGCUGGCGGCUGGCGCGUCGCCCAAGACGAGGGGGGCGGCGGGGCCUGUCUGGUGCUGUCUUCUCCGGCGCGGCGGUCGUAGGCUCUGGAGACGGUUUCGUCUCGCCGCCUCCGCAGGCUGCACUCCUGCGGCCGCGCUCGGCGUCUGCAUGUGGACCGUCGCCUCUGUCGGUCGCUUCGUCUCUCCCGCGUCUGCGGCUGCAGUCCUUCAGGAGGAUGCGAAGGCCUGCCGGUCCCCCUCAAGAGGACGCAGCAGCUGCUUCGCGCCGCAGUUGUUUCCGGCUGUGUUCCUCGUCGUAUCCUGCUCCCCACUCGGGCGCGGUCUUCUCUUCGCUUCCUCUGCGCCGCUCGCUCUCUUCGUCAUUGUCGUCAGUUUUUGAGUCUACUCGCUCGGAGUUUUCGUCUGCGCCUUCGCCGUUGUGUCUUUCUCGCGCGCCUGCAGGCGCUUCGGCGGGCGCCUCGUCUGCUAAUCGUCGGUCGCUGCGCUGCGCGUCCCGCAGUUUGCGCCGAAUCCGGCCGCAGGGGGCGCUGGGAGCCGAGACGCCAAAGGCGAAGAGGCGAAAGAAGAGAAAAGAGGGCAGCGAGUCAAAGAGGAGGGAGGCAGAAGAAGCAACUGCCGCCUUCAAGUUGAAAGACGGGAGCCUGGGCCUGGCUCGAACGAACGCCUCUGCUGCGCAGGUACAGCAGCUUCUUCCUCUUGCUCUUUCUCGUCCGCCUCUGCCUCCCUCGUCUGUCGCCGUGAGCAAACGUCUCUUCGCCCGCGGGCUUCGGUCGUCUCCGUUUUGUUCUCCUCUUCCGCUCUCUGCUUUUCUCUCUUUCUCUCUUUUUCGUCCUGAGCUCACCGGGCGCUUCGGCACGAAGGCGGAGGCGCGUGGUCGUUCACUGCUUUCUCGUCUUUCGUUGAUUUACUUACUCUUCCUCUCCCUUCUCUGCCUUCCCUCGUCUCUGCAUCUGGUUUACACGCCGCCCGGCGGCUCGCCGGCGCACGCUCUGUCGCUGGUGGCGGCCACGAGGAGCCCGGGGCCUCCGACCGCGGUCGAAGAGACCGCCGGCGGCGGAGCCGGAGCCGCAGCGCGGGCGCGUCUCCUCGUGGAGGCUCCACUGGACGCAGCCGAGCGGAGCGAAGCGUCUCCGUCUGCCCGCGCGAGAGAGCAACACCUCGAGACGGGGCGCGAUAGAGCAGAUCGACCGCGUGCCGAGGAAGGCGGAGAGGGAAUUCAGAAAUCUGAGGGAGGCUCCACGGGCAUGGCGCGCCCGCCGGGAGACAGGAAUGCCUCUGGGCCAACCGCGCCGCUGCCGGCGCCAGGCAGCAGCUUGUCUCCGGAGUCGUCUCCUGCGCAGACAGAGGACGGCGGGGGAGACAGCAAGACAGAGGAGGAGGAGGAGGCAGCGUCUCGUAAGGCAAAGGGACACGCAAGCGAAGCACCGGGAGGCGGUACAGGAUCGCAGGAAGAGGCCGGGGUUCCCGGUAGCUGCGAAAGGCUCGAGAAUGGGGAGCUUGGCGCGGAAGGAGAUGCAGGCAAGCCGGCUGCAGACCUCUCUGCGCGAGGCGCGAAGGAGGCGCCGCGGGAGGCCAAUAGCGGCGAAGGCGCGGGCGCAGCCCCGCGGGCUUCCGGUCAAGAAAGCGCGGGAAAAGAGAAGGAAGGUGGCACGCAGGACGGGCGAGUCGCUCGAGACGCGGACACCGGCGCCACUGAAGGAGGCCUGGCAGAGGAUGUGGAGCGAGACGCGGAGGGCGGAACAGGCGAUCCGAGGGAAGUCAGCAGAGAGACGGGGGAAACUGAGCGCCCAGAGAGAGAGAAAAGCCAACGGGGGGAGAAGUCCGCGAAGCAGGCACCGGGCGGCGCCGCCGGGAGCGCGAAGGUGAACACCAGUGCCAGCGGAACUGAGACAGAGAGCAGAGAGCGCGGGAAGGACGCUUCGUCGUCCCUGGAGCUGCCUUCGACCGCAGGCGCGAGUGGAGAGGCGGAGGCAGCCGCUGCGCGAGCGUUCUUGGUCAUGGAAGGAAGCGCGUCGCGGGGCCUCGAGGGCGACGAGGCGGUGAAGCCGCAGGAAGAACUGCGCGUUCAAAGCAGCGGGGCGCUCACUCCUGGCUCUGCGGCAUCCAGUUCAGCCGAGCCUCAGGCUCAAGUGCGCGCGAGCGGCCAGACAGACGACGCGGGGGGGAGAGAGGCGGCAGGGCAGCAGAAGCAACGCGGCGCGCCCGGCUGCCGCGAGAUGCUCGAUGAAGGACUCUCCCAAAACAGUGCGCCGGGGCGGUCGAAAGAGGCUCCUGACGACUCGCCUCCCUCUUCUUCUGUCGUUACCGUGCAGUUUCCUCUCGCUCUGUCGUCUUGUAGCCCUCCGUCGUCUCCGGCGGCCGCAGACGGCGCAGCCGAAGGCGCCGGGCGCGAAGUUCUCUCUCCUUGUGCUGCUUUUUCGCCGCCUGCGCCCUGGCCUUCUCAGCCGACUUCUCCUAAAUCCGAUUCUUCUUUGUCUGCUCCCGCCCCGGGGGUCGCCUGCGCUGUGGAGGCCGAGAGCGAGUGCUCAGUCUCUUCACUGGUCGCGCGCUCGCUCGCGGCGCUCGCGGCGCCGCGGAAGCGCCCAGGGCGAGCCGGCGCGGGCCCCGGGCGGGCUGCUUCAGGCGACGAGGGCGGCAGCGAGGGAGACAGCGAAGCGCGCGAGGAUGCGACGGGGGGCGAACGAAGACUUUUCUCGAGGGUGUUCGGGUUGAUUGCCUCCCUGAGCAGUCUGCUUCCUUCCGCGCGCCCGCGCGCAUCCGCCUCGCCUGCUCGCGCAUCGCAGCUUGGAGCCGCAACCGCUGCCUCGUCUCUUCCGCCUUCGCGAUCGCGGGCGUCUUCGCGCAGCAGGCUCGCUCCUCUUCUUUCGAGUGCGCACAGCGCUUCUCUCUCUCCACUUCCUCCGUCGCCUGCCGACGGCGCCCGCCAGGCGGGGGCAGCCUCGCGGCGGGCAGCAGCGGCGCGAGCUCUCGGCGGUCCUUCCCCUCGAGAGCCUUCCGCCGCCUCUGGCGCGCCGUCUGCCGCGGUCUUGUCGACUUCGUCGGCUUUCUCGCGCGGCAGCGAGGGCGGGGCUGGCGCUCCGUCUGGCUGCGCCCUACGACCGUGUUCUCUGCAGAGCGGAGAAGAGGACGUCCGCGAGCGUCUGCCCGCCGCGGACAGUUGCGCGUUGGCCUCGGGGUGCAUCGGCCGUCGCAGUCGAGCGAUGCAUCAGGGCGAGGCGCCCGCGCGUCCCACGCUGUCGAGGCGUGGAGGGUACCAGGCCCGCUGGGUGUCUCCUCUCUCUUCUGGCUGUCCAAAUCGUUUUCGAGACGCUUCGGGUGCUGCGUCGCCUUUCGCCGCCGCGACUCUUCAGUCCCUCUUUUCUCCCGCCUGCGAGUGCGACGUCACCGGUCACAGACUGAGGGCGGCGGGGGAGACAGAGCCUGCGGACGCGGAGGACACGGAGGAGGUGUGCGUUGUUCGGCGUCAGCCGGAAGAAGAAGAUCUGUUUCUCCCUUUUUCUCUCUCUUGCGCUGGCCCCAGCAGCACUUCGGAGGAGCCGCGCGUUCAGCUGGGAGGCGAGGCCGAGGCGCACAGCCAGCAGGCAGGCCUGAGCAGCGCUGUCAGCAAAGGGGCGCCGCUUGCGGGAGAGGAGGUGGCGAGGGAGAGCGGGGAAGCAGCUGAGGCUCCGCCGGGAGCGGAGACGCGACUGCGUCUCCACGUGAGGAGGGCAAGAGAGAGUGAUGAGACUCUAACGCCGUCGCUUCCGCUCCGCUACCUCCUGCCCGUCUCGCUGCAACGUGCCUUUCUCUCUCGUCGUGGGCGAGUAAGCGACGCCGACCGCGCCGCCCGAAGGGACGGCGGCGGGGACCGUCCCGUCGCGGGCGAGAAGGUGGACGAGCCGCGGGCUGCGCAGUCGCGUGUGGACGAGGCCCUCAGGAGGCACAGCGAAGGCGCGGAGGACGGCGUCGCGGACGACGCUGGAGGAGUCGCCUCUUUCGCGCGCUCCGAGCGCGCCGAAAAGGAGACUCCGCCUGUGAGCCGCGGCGGCGACGGAGAACAGGGAGUUCCGGCGGGCGCUCCUGUGGGAGACAGCCAGUCUCUCGACGCUGCGUCUGAGGCUGCAGGCGGCUCCGGCGGCCUCCCCGCUUCGCCGUCAACGCCUGCGGGACCGGAGCGAGCCGCUGCGCCUUCGAGGCGCCCCGCGCCCGCGAAGCCCCAGGAGCCGUUUCUGAACGGCCGCCCUUUCCUCAGAGGUCGCCCGUACGAGGCGGAGGCGCAGAAACUCAAGUUCGACUUUGCGUCGCUCGACGCGGGCGCGCGCGUCGUCGCUAGCAGCCGCGGCGUGGCGAACAUCAAGGCGGUUCAGCGGAACGACUUGGAUUCCUACAUGCUGGUGCCCUGUUCGCUGCAUCCCAAGUUCUUCGUGCUGUCCUUCACGGAGCCUAUCCACGUCGAGCAAGUCGCACUCGCCAGCAUGGAGAUCUACGCCUCGGCCUUCCGCCACAUUCAGCUGCUGGGCUCCGACUCGUAUCCCACCAAGCAGUGGAAGUUGCUGGCGAACUUGGAGACGAACCCUGAGGAGGCGCAGGAGAUUUUUGACGUGAAGAAAAUCUGCGCAACGCUCCACGACGGCCAAGCCUGCUGGGCGAAGUACUUGAAAGUCCGCCUGCUCUCGCACCACGUCGUCGAGUCGCCCUACUACUACUGCUCGCUGACCUCCUUCCACGUCUUCGGCUCCACCGGCUUCCAGAUGCUCGAGUCGCACAUCCACAGCGAGGAGGGGCCCGACGACGAGAAGCCGCGCCCCGAGGAGGGCGACGCACCCGGAGAGGCAGGCGAGGAAGACAGCGAGGACGGCGCGGAGGCGAGGGGGGUCGCUGGCGAGCGCGCACUGCGGGCAGCCGCGCCGGCUUCCACGGCGCAGACUGCCAACGCGCUGAAAGGAGGGCGACGAGGCGGAGGAGGCGGAGGCGGAGGAGACGGAGGAGAUGAAGGCGAGCAGGUGGAAGCGCAAGAGGGCCGCAGAGAAGACCCCGAAGGGCGGCAAUCUGGCGAAAGAGCCGCGCAGGGCGGGGAGGGAGGCGCCCGCGCGGGUCGCGGAGACAGCGAGGCCGAAGAGACGAGGGAGGCGGACGGCAGGGAAGAGAGCGGGGAAGGCGAGGCCGGUUGGCACGCAGCCGACAUGCAACCGGGGCAGUCCCCUGCGGCUGCUGCCGCUGGCGCCAGAGGCGGAGGUGUGCCUCCCUCCUCUCCCGAGGCGCGGCAGGAGACACCAGACGGCGGGGGGGAAGCAGAGGCCUCCUCAGGUCCCGGAGGAGAGAAGUUGUCUCGCGGCAGCGACGGGCAGCUGCCGCAGAGCCGCGGGAAAGCGGGUCGCUCGACUUCUCCAAGUGCGGAAGGCGAGGAGGGCGUGCGAGUCGAUGCGUCGGCUCCAGCGGCCCCCUCUCUCGCGGCGUGGAAUCCUGCUGAGGGCAGAAAAGAGUCUGAGCGCGCCGCGCCGGAGACGGGAGCCGCGCACUCCGUGUGCAGCGACGACCAUUCAGAGGGCGGAGACGCGUGUGUGGAGAGAGCGGCUUCGAGUGCUGCCGGAGGGGGAGCCCUCGGCGCGCGUGACGCUGCGCCUCGGCGGGCGGCCCCCGACGAGCAGGGAGCGGGAUGCAGAGGCACGGGGUCGCGCCGAGAGGAAGACGGCCAAGGGCAUCAAGGCGCGAGCGCAGAGACAGGGCGGAGGCAGACGGAGCGAGGACGGGAGAGACAGGCUGAGACAGGAACGAGGCUCGGGCCCGCUGACUCGACGCUGUCCCAUGCGGAGACUCGCAGGCCGCGGGAGGACUCCCCCGGCGAGGCGAGGCUUCCGCCCUCGUUGCGCGAGGCCUCCGCAGGGGCGCGAGGCGUCGCCACCGACUCAGGCAGAACUGCGGAACGAGCUGAGGCGGCAGCAGCGCCGGCGCUCGCGCUUGGCGCGCUCCGAACGGCGAGCGGAGAUGCACUGCCCAUCGAGAAGCGGGCGCUAGGCGACCGAAGAGAUGACGGUCGUCAGGGUCAAGCGCGAGUCGAAGGAGGGGCUGCAAGGCGGAAGAGCGAAGAGACAGAGGCGUCGUGUGCGGCGCAUCCCCACACGCAGCACAGGGCGGGGGACUCUGGCACGCGGGCUGUCGCUGGAGGCACAUUUCCAGGAGAGGCGAACGACGAGAAGGGCGAGGAACGGAAGAAGCCCGGGAGAGAGGACGGAGAAGGACGCCCCACUCCUGCGCGAUUCCGCAUCGACCCCUACGCGCCGCUGCCAGACGGGAAAGCAAAGCAGCACGCUCCUGUUUCGCCAGCUGCUGCUCCGUCGACCUCUCGGUCUCGGGGAGAGGGAGUGGAGAUCGGCGGCCGCGUGCGGGCGACGCGCGCCGCGCCCGAGGCGCCGGGCCUCGAUGAGGGCUCCUCCCCCGCCGCGUCUGCGGGCGCCUCGAAGCCCUCCUCUGCGUCGUGUUCGCCGCCCUCUUGGGAGGGCGGGGGAGCUGCGCCUGCGCAAGACGAGGGCGAGCGCGAGGACGACCAAGGGCUGCUGCGGCAGCUGCAUCAGUGGCGGGACAUCGCGCGGCUUCCGCUCCUCUUUGCGCCCUCGACGCCCGGGUCCCUGGGGGCCGCCGCCCCCGGCGUUCCAACUCAUGCCUCUCUCCUGCGCACAGUCUUCAAUUUUCUGUUCCCCUCCGGAGGCCCGUUCGAGGCCCGCGGGCCGCCGGCGCUCGCUUUCCCGGCGCCCGCAGUCUUCACGUCGCCCUUUCCGUCGCAGGCGCGGACGGAAGACCUCGAGCCGGCGCUGGGCGAAGGCGUCCAGGGUCGAGAGAGUGAAAAUGCAGCGAAGGAGGCCGGCGAGGCGCUGCGCAGAGAAGCAGGCAGGCAAGAGGGUGCCACCGCGCGAGCUGCGCCUGUGGAGGCGUCCGCUCUGCGAAGCCUCAAGGAUGCGCCGCGGAAGAGAGAGGACGAACGGAGAGAUGACGUCGAGCGCGAGGGCCCUGAGGAGAAAGCGCGCGGACGCGAGGCCGCCGGUGAGCUGCGCGAGCCUGGGUCGGCACUUCCCUCCACGCGCAGGCCGAGUUUCCUUCCUUCCUUCCACGCACGCGCCACGUCGGCGGGAGCGGCGGGAGCGGGGGACGAGGGCGGCCUCGCCCCAGCGGAGCGGCGCUUCUCCUACUUCCUCGAGCGCCUCUUUCGGCGGCAUUUGCCUUCACUCGCUCACGCGGGCUCGCACGGCUCGCCCUCGGCGCCUGCGUCGCCCGUGAGCGAUGUGGGGCCGCCGAGCGACGCGCGGGUCCCUUCAGCUUUUCGCCGCUCGCCUGCCGCCUUCACUCCGACGGCGCAGUUCGCCUCGUUCGCGGCCUCGUCUCUGCCUCACAACACGAUCUUCGAAGACUUGCUUGCCUGGACCGACCGGGAGCGCCGCGAGCUCCCGUUCUCGCCUGGAGAAGGCGACGCGGCGCCAGCCUCCGGCGCAGACAGCGCGCCGCCGCUGCCUUCGCUGCCCUGGCGGGGCGGGAGCAGGCAGACAGCUGAAGGGCUGCCGGCGCAGGAUGCGAGGGAAGGCGCGCAGGCUUUGACGCAGGCCGUGCCUUCUGCGGUGGCGCGGAGCAAGGCCUCGCAGGGGUCACGCGGAGGCGAGGGCGGCGCGGCAAACACGCUGGCGGCCCGCGGCGACAUUCUGGUGCAGCACGGCCAGCAGGAUCUUCUUCUCCUUCUCAUGCAAAAUCUGCCUGCCGCCGCGGCAGCUGCGAGCGCAAAGCUGUUCCCAGCAGGCGCGCCGCUUCUCGCUCGCGGCGUCGCGGAGAGUCCCGUCGCAGACCUCGCUUCUGCUCCCGCUGCCUCGCCGUCGGCUCCUCCGCCCAAGUCGGCUUCGACCGGUUCUGGGUCGGCGGCUGGGUCAGGGCGCGGCGCGGUGAAAGCGGCCCUCGCGUCCGCUGCUUCCCACGCUGGAGACAAGCCUGGCGCCCCGUCUGCGGCGAAGGAGAGCGUCCCCUCCGCCUCGGGGACGAAGGGCAGCGGUCACGUGCUGUUGACUCUCGUCGACCGCAUGAAGGCUGCGGAGAGCCAAGGGGCGCAGAUCCGAGCCAAAAUAAGUGAGCUAGCGCUGUCAAUCCACUCGAAUCAGCAGCAGAUUCUGCAGCAAGCUGUGCUUCUCCAACUCAUUCAGGAACUCGUCGCCUUUCUCUACAUCCGCCUCAGCAAAUUCGACGUCAUCGUCCCGCGACUGCCUUUCCUCGUCGACUUCUGUGACUCGGGCGCGGCGGCCGCCGCCGCUCUCGCGGCCAAGCGCGCCGCACUCCAGCGCGUCUCCUCGCCUGCGACGGCGGUCGGAGCCCACGAGCGGAGCUGCGCUCGGGACGGUCUGGGCCUCUUUCAAGCGGAAAAAUGUCCCGCGCGUGACACAGCGCGUUCGCUUCUUUGGGGCGAAGAGGAGGCGGACGCCGGCGACGGCGGGUUCUUCGACCGUGUCUCCGUCGGCGGGAGCGGGUCUUUGCAGGGGCGCGGCGGCGAGGACGGCGGGGCGUGCGGGGGUCAGAGGCAGCGGGGACAGAGCGGCGGGGCGCAUGCGUGGGGCGCGAAGGGACGCAGGAGCAGGGUGGGUAGAGAAGGCGGCAGGCGCGUGUGGGGUGUUCACAGAAGAGGAAAAGAUGGGCAAGCAGGCAAAAGGUCGUGGGACGAACUGCAUAGUCUCGAGAAAGAUGCAGGACGAGGCGACGGGAGCGGGUGUGUGGACGUCGGUGGCAGUCCCUUCGCUCCGGAGGAAGACGAAGCUACGCUCUGGGCGUUCCUUUUCGGUUUCGCCGCGUGGGGCCUCACGGCGCUGGGGUCGUCGCUUCGAUUCCUGGCGCAAGAGACGUGUUUCGUUCUUCUCGCCCCUCUUGUUGACGCCGCCUCGUCGUCCGCGCUCCCUUCGCCGCACUCUGCGGCGGCGACUCCAUCGCCCGGGCGUCUCUUCUGUCUCCGCACGACCGAGCUAGGGGCGGGUCUCCUGGGGCUGCUCGCGGCAGUCCAGCAGCGGCUCGCGGCCGUGGUGGCGCAGAGCGUGCCGCACGCGGGGUCGAUCUGGAGACAUGUGUGGGGCGUGUUUCCGAGUUCGGGUUUCUGGACCGAGGACGGGCCCCGAGUGCUGUCGCUCCUCCUGCUUGUCCUCCUGCUCCACACGAUGUGCGGGCUUCUCAUCUUGCGCUUCUUCUCUAGCAAGGCACGCGAGGCGGCGGCUCGCGCCGCGGCCGCCGUCCGCGAGUGUCAAGAGCUUCGGUCAUCGCUCGACCGUCUCCUUCGCAUGCCUCCUCCCAGGGAGGGACUUGGGCUGCUGCAGACAGUCGCGGACACCCCGGCGGGGACGGCGAACGCCGCAGAGGCGGCGUGGAAGUCUGGCGCUGGCGGGGAGACGCGCGAGGAGGCCACCGAGGAGUCUGCUGCAGCCGCAGACCGAAAGAGGACGGGCUUACUGGUCGCGGCGCAGAGAAGAGCGGCCGCGGAGGGGACUGGAGGCAGAGGUGCUGCUAAAGGACGGCAAGGAGAAGACCAAGAGACAGGAAACGAGCGCCUUCCUUCGCACGCGGCACGGAGGGACUCACCUUCAGGGCCAUGCGAGCUCUGUGUCGCGCAGAUUCAGCCGACCCCGGGGGCUGAGAAGCUCUCUGGGGCGUACGAGAGAUUUGAGCUUGCGUCGUCAGCGCUGAAGCGCGAGGGCGUGCGCUUAGGGUCGAGAAAGCGAAACGGCGACCCGAGGAGAAGGUCUGUCGACGUGCUUCUCUCGCCUGUCCUACCGGCGUCGCCUCCUUCUUUCCUGCCCGCCUUCCGCAAGGCAGAGAGGGAUAGGCUUGCGGCUGUGCCUCGCCGCCUGUCUUCUCCAGUGGAGGAGAGGAGAAACGGCGCCCUGCUGCCGCACACGGCGGCGCUUCGAGCCCUGCCGGCGGCGGCGAGGGCCCCUCGGAUGGCGCUGAAUCUCUCGCAGUGUCUUCCGGCUUCUUCAGAGAGUCUCGCCUCCGAGUUCACCGUCAGGAGCUCCUCGUCUGCGUCGCGCAGUGCUGGUGGCGGGUCGUCGUCGCUUGCGCUCGCUUGCGCUGGAGGCCUUCAGCGAGCCGGACAGAGAGAGAUCCGAGGACCGAGUCUGCCGCAGGGUGCGCAAGCGAGGGGAGAGGCGGGUGCUGCGCCGCAUGCAGGGGCUAUCAGGAACGCUGGGAAGUGGAGGGGCGACACGUUGACUGCACUCCCGUCUGCCCUCGCGUCGUUCGAUGGAAGAGAAAAGGCCGCCCCCGAUGCGGCUCGAGCCUCCACGGCAGAUGCUGCGUGCGGUAACGGUGCGGCGGCGCUCCGUCGUCGGGGCUCUCUGCUUUCUUCAAAGCAUGCAGUGGCGCUGGAAGAAGAGGGGCGAGGAGACGCAGCGGUCGAGAGGGUGGACGGGCGGCUUGCCUCUCCUUCAGAUGGCGAUCUGGCACAGUCUCCUUUUUCUGUGGCGCCCUCGCACGUCGUCGUGGCCUCGGCAGCCGUGCCGAGGAGACCCGGCGAGGCUAGUGGAGGUUUCGGCGGCGUAAGCUGCAGAAUCGCGGAGAGGCGAAGCGAAGGCGAGGUGGCAGAGAGGAAGAGCGAGGCGAGAGAGAGGCGCGACGAGACGAGCGCGGAAGACAGAGUGCCGCAGAGGAAGCUGUAUCAGGGCCGGGCACACGGGAGUCGGAAGGCCUUCAAAUUGCAGAGGCAUACGCUGAAAGGUGGAGCGGGAAGUGGCGGACUGAGUGGUGCGAUGACUACCACAGCGGCGAGUUCGCAGCCCGCGAGUUUCGGGCCCUCCGCGAAGGCGACGCCUGGAGGGCUGGGUCAGAGCAAGGGGGUCACCUCCAGCUUCGUUGAUGAGGCUCCGAACUCCAGGCCGCCUGCGGGCUGA